ACCGAUUUGAACCGUCAGUUAAUAGCCAUUGGCGAUAAACGGAAGACAUGAUGUUACCGCUGGAACACCUAUUUCUCGCGUUACUAGCUGUAACGUCAGUAUCAACAGCUGCAGUGACACCUGCCAAGUCCGUCAAGCGAGAGAUUGACGAUGCGCGGCUCUUGAGUCCGUACACGAGCUUUCCACUUGGAGUGACCGAUACCCUCGGAACUGGAGUACUAUCAAACAUUGGCUACUCGGGGAGCCUCAGUAAUGUCUACGCUCGAGACGAUGAGCUAUUCUAUGGAUCCCCGGGAUACUAUGAUUAUCCACAGUAUGCGGCUGGCUUUGGCAACUAUCGUGGUUACAACAGGUACUAUGAUGACUAUAGCAGCUUGCGUUUGGGUCUACCUUAUUACGGUAGCCUUCGCGGAGAAGGUUUCGGAUUCGGAUCACUAGCUGGUUAUCCUUACUACGCCCAAAGUGGAGUACUCAAUGGACCGACUUCUUUCUACGGAAGACUCGGAGACUACUACGACUGAUGUAAAUCUCGUUCCCUCUUUCAUCGACGAAACACGUGAUUCGAGGAUUUUAGGCUAUUUUAUUUCCUUUCACUGUAGGAAUAAUUCAAUCAUUUGCAGUGUGGAUCGAAUCAAGUACAAGAUGGACCAAUCAGUUCCAAAUUUUCUUCUUUUUUUAGUACGCAAUAAGUUACGUACACUGUUAAAAUAGUAAUCGGUAAGAUUUAAGAGAUUUUAAAAUAAAAUUGUAGCUGACAAAAACCAGCUUCGUGCAGAGAAAUAAAGCAGCCUUAAUGAGCAAAAAAAA